AACGCGCAUGCGCAGAAGCCGGACCACAGUUCAGGAUGAUGGCGGAUACGGGAAGCGAAGAGAUAGCGGUGAUUGGAAACACAGACCUGACUCCCUCCGAGUUAGAGAACAACAUUAAAAACACGAUGGUGGAGAAGGGGGCGACUCUUCUGAAGAGGAUGGAGAUCAAUGUGGCUGAGGCAGAGAAAAGGACAGGGAAGAAUGCAGUCAGCAUGCAGGAAACCUACACUGUUUAUCUCAUUGAAACGAGGGCAGUGGAUCCUUCAUCUGAGGGGGCCAAUCCAGCUCCUCCGGACUCUCUGUGGAGGCGCUACAGCGAGUUUGAGCUUCUCAGAAACUACUUGUUAGUCACAUAUUCAUUCGUCGUAGUUCCACCUUUGCCUGAAAAGCGGGCAGAAUUUGUGUGGCACAAACUCUCUGCAGACAAUAUGGAUCCGGACUUCGUGGAGAGGCGAAGGGUCGGCCUUGAGAACUUCCUGCUCCGUGUUGCCUCCCACCCAGUUCUGUCUAAUGACAAGAUCUUUUACUCUUUCCUGACGCAGGAGCAGGGUUGGAAGGAAGUGGUGUUCGAGACUGGGUUUCAGGCAAAGUCGGAUUCUAGGCUGAAGGCUCUGAAUGCAACAUUCAGAGUGAAGAACCCAGACAAGAGGUUUGCAGAAAUGAAGCACUACGGAGACGAGCUUCAGUCUGUUAUAUCGCAGCUGCUGCGGGUGCGAGCAAGAGUGGCUGACCGCCUGUAUGGAGUCUACAAAGUGCAUGGGAAUUACGGCAGAGUCUUCAGCGAGUGGAGUGCCAUUGAAAGAGAGAUGGGUGACGGUCUGCAGAGUGCAGGACAUCACAUGGAUGCGUAUGCUGCUUCUGUAGAUGACAUACUGGAGGAAGAGGAGCACUAUGCUGACCAGCUGAAGGAAUACCUUUUCUACACCGAGGCUUUAAGGGCAGUAUGUAGGAAACAUGAGCUCUGUCAGUUUGAACUGGAGAUGGCUGCCCAGGACCUGACCUCGAAGAAACAGCAGCGGGAGGAACUGGCUACCGGGACCGUACGAACCUUCUCCCUGAAGGGGAUGACCAGUAAAUUGUUUGGCCAGGAGACUCCUGAGCAGAGGGAGGCCAAGAUUAAAACUCUGGAGAGCCAGAUUGAGGAGGGAGAGGAGAUGGUGAAGGAUAAAAACGCUGAGAGCGAAGAGUUUGUGAAGAACGCUUGGGUGGACAUUGAGAGGUUCAGAGAGCAGAAAGACAGAGACCUUAAAGAAGCUCUCAUCAGUUAUGCCAUCAUGCAGAUCAGUAUGUGUAAAAAGGGAAUUCAAGUGUGGAGUAAUGCUAAAGAAUGCUUCAGCAAGAUGUGAGUUGUGCCUACAUCCAUAAUCCAGCCCAGCCAUGCAGCUAUACAAACAUCUCAGGAUAAGAGUGCUGUCUAGGAUCAGUUUUACCUUGAAUUUCCUGAUAAAUAUAUGAUUUUGGACUGAACUGAUCCAAGACAAGCACUCUUCCUCAGAUUCUUCAAAUGUUCAAGUCCUAAGCACAAUCCGAGAGGCAGUGGAAGUGCUAUUGCCACAGAAGCACAUCCUUAACUUAAUAAGGGAUCUGAACUGUUGAUUUGAGUUAUGUCAUUACAUCUAUUAAGACAAUGGCAUCAAAAUGUGCUUAAAUUAAAACACAUGCAGAGAUGAUAUAAUGAUUGGAGGAAUUCUUCUAUUUAUUUUGUCAUGUUGAGUGGUCUGGAUUUGACCACUUUUUCAUAUUAAAUUCCCAUUCUUUUCUUAUCCUGAAUCUUGUAUGGUUGAAAUUAUUGCUUUGAUUAACAUUAUGGAUGUUGUUUGAUGUAUGCCAAUCCCAAAGAAUGGACUAAAGAUUUUCUUCUGAAAUUAUAACAUCAGAUUUUUUUCUUUUUAAUGCUUUAUUAUGUUUUACAUAUGCCUUGUCAUUUAAGUAUCUGUUCUAAAAUCAUUCCUUUUAUGAAUGUUUAUACUUUUUGAAGACAGAACUUUUUUUAAUGAUGUACCAAAAAAUAGAAGCAAUUUUAGAUCUGCUUGUGGUAACAGAUUUUCUCUGAUAGAAAGAUAUAAUGCUUGCAAGACAGCCUUCUCCCAAACCAUUUUAUUACAGUCUCUCUGAACAUCUGGAACACAUCCAUUUAAUUGAAACAUGAAAGUAUACAGUUACCUUUUAUCACCUAUACCAGGGACGCAGGCUCUCAAAUGUCCCCUGGAUGUAAAGCAGCCAGGCUUAUUAAUCCCUGUUACAGCAGAGCUCAUGUGACCUGCAGCUGCAGUGAGAAAAGUCACUGCUGAUGUUCAUCAUAACAUACUGUAAGCUCAUCAUUAGCACUAUCUGCACGUUCCGCUGUGAAACACAAACUGUUUAUAACCACUGGCCCACUCGCUUUAUAUGCUUCAAUUAGAUGGGAAAAUAGAAGUCUGCCGUUUACAUCUAAUCUGAGACCCAACGCUGCAUAUUUUCUUUGUGGCCGCAGCUUUCCCUAUGAAUGCCAGAUUUGUCGUUUGUGAUGAUGUGUGGGUGGGUCAGUGUUUUGAUAUAAAUCUGGCUGGAGGAACAGGAAGGUCACACUGGAAAAGCAGGAUAUAAUAAUUUCCUCAUUUAACAGUUGUGUGUGUAACUGAGCCUGGCCAGGCCCUGGUUGGUUCACUGUUUUUGGUGGAAUAAUAUUAAAAUGAUGACUUUUCACUUCAUAUAUAUGAGACAAUUUGUAUUAUAAUUGCUGUUCAAAAAUUAUUGUGCAAACACUAAUAAAUUUAGAAUUUUCUAAA